GUUAAAAAAGUAUUCAUUGUUGUUUAGGUAUUGCGUCUCGUUUAUGGUUUUACGAACAACUUUUAUUUAUAAAAAUUUUAAUUGUGUCUACUUAUGAAACAUAACGCAUUUUUGAACAAGCGUUAUAUUUCCGAUGUCUUUUAUAUUAUAUAAAUAUUAUAUGUUUUUGUUAUUCAUGUGUUGAUAUAUAUUCUGUAAAAAACAUUGCAAAAGAUUAGGCUUGAUUAAAGGCAAAAAGUAUUAUCGAAUCAGUGUGAUAAAUCUGUCAAUUUUCUACAGUAGUUACUAUUAAUAUUCGCCAAGAUGGGGAAACGACAACAUCAGAAAGAUAAAAUGUAUUUAACAUAUACAGAAUGGACAACAUUAUAUGGUGGAAAAAGAUCAGGUCCUUUAGAAUCUAGUGAAGAUACUACGUUUCGACGUUUACCUUAUGAUCACUGUUGUCUGAGUUUAAAACCAUUUGAACAUCCUUAUUGCGACGUGCUAGGGCACAUCUUUGAAUUAGAACCACUUUUGGAAUAUGUAAAAAGAUUUAAACAUAAUCCUGUAACAGGAAAAUCUUUAGAUCCUAAAACAUUAAUAAAAUUAAACUUCUACAAAAAUGCACAAGGACAAUAUCACUGUCCGGUUCUUUUCAAACCGUUUACGAAACAUUCGCAUAUUGUUGCUAUUAAAACAACAGGAAAUGUAAUGUCGUGGGAGGCAGUAGAGCAGUUAAAUAUAAAGACACGUAACUGGAAGGAUUUAGUAAAUGAUGAGUCUUUUACAAGAAAGGAUAUAAUUACUAUUCAAGAUCCAAAUAAUGUAACAAAGUUUAAUUUAUCGACAUUUCAUCAUAUUAAAAAUAAUAUAAGAGUUGAAGAUGAAGAGGCUAUAAGAGAAAGAUCUGAUCCAACUGCAAAAUUAAAAACAGUGUCUAUGGAGACAAAAGAAAUAUUGGCAGAAUUAAAAAGAGAUUAUAAAGAACCAGAAAUUAAAGAAGAAACUAAUAAACUGCAAGCUGAUAAAUUCAAUGCUGCUCAUUAUUCGACUGGUGCCGUAGCUGCAGGUUUUACCUCUACGGUAAUGCCAAGAGAAACAACUCAUCAAGCUGCAGUAAUUGCAGAAGACUUAGUUCGAUAUGAACGGGUUAAAAAGAAAGGAUACGUAAGAUUACUCACGAACUUUGGUGCCUUGAACUUAGAACUUCAUUGUGAUCUUGUACCAAAAACAUGUGAAAAUUUUGUGAAACAUUGUCAAAAUGGUUAUUAUAAUGGUACAAAAUUUCACAGAUCCAUACGAAACUUUAUGAUUCAAGGAGGAGAUCCAACGAAUACCGGUAAUGGUGGAACAUCUAUUUGGAGUAAAGCUUUUGAAGAUGAAUUUAAACCAAAUUUAAUUCAUCAAGGAAGAGGUAUUCUUUCAAUGGCUAAUUCUGGACCAAAUACAAAUGGAUCUCAAUUUUUUAUCACGUUCCGAUCGUGUCGACAUCUUGAUCGAAAACACACUGUGUUUGGAAAAAUUGUUGGUGGUUUAGAAACGUUAAAUACCAUAGAAAAAAUCGAAGUAGACAAUAAAGAUAGACCGAUCGAAGAUAUCAUAAUACAAGGAGUAUUAGUCUUCGUAGAUCCUUUUCAAGAAGCCGAGGAACAAUUAAUUGCUGAAAGAGCGGCAGAGGCAGAAAAAUUGGCACAGGAAGCGAGUAAAAAUAAAAAUGCAGAUAAAAAGGAAGGGAACGAUAUUCUAAAAAUUUAUCGUUCGGGCGUAGGCAAAUAUUUGAAGAUAAACAAAGACGAGAAUACAGACAAAGAUGAACCAUUGACCGUAGAGCCAGCUUUUAAGAAGAAAAAAGUUAUAACGAAUUCUUUUGGAAAUUUUUCUUCUUGGUAGAGAUAUAAUAAUAUUUUAAA